CCUGCUGUCAUUCCGACAAGUACAGCCUGCUGAUUUCCUUGUUUGCUCUGUACAUUUCGUGCUGUCAUUGUAGACUCAACUGUAAGCUUGCCAGUAGGGAAGAAGAGAUGAGAAACGCGACCAGAUAAGCAGAAUAACUGGCACUCGACUAAAGAAGCUAGCGGUCUCAUCACCUUGCACCAUGUCUUUGUUUAAGCCAGAGGAGCAGCUAGUACAUGAGCUGAGCUGCCCGAUCUGCCUUCAGCUCUACUCCGAUCCAGUAGUGCUCCCCUGUGGCCACAACUACUGCCGAGCUUGUAUCUGCAUGACUGCUGACACCACAGACAAGAGUGGGAUACUUCCACGGUGCCCAGAGUGUCGUGAGGAGUAUCAGGGUAUGGAUUCCCUCCAGAGAAACUUCAAACUCUCCAGCAUCGUUGAAGGUUACCGAGCUUCCGCACCACAGCUGGACAGGCAGUCGGAGACAGAUUCAGAGGAGAUGGUUUUCUGCGACCACUGCAUAGAUGAGCAGUCCCUGGCUGAGAAGACGUGCCUGAAGUGUGAGGUGUCGUUGUGCUCCAGGCACCUUCAGAAACACCAGGAGAGAGAGUCCUUCAGGGAGCACACUGUGGUGGAGCCACUGAAUCGGCUGGGCAUGAAGUGCUGUGCCAUCCAUCGGCGGCCACUUGAGUACUUUUGCUCCACUGACAUGACCUUGCUGUGCACCACAUGCUUUGUAGAAGGCCAUCACCACAACCACGAUGUUCUGACCUUCUGUGUGGCUGAAGAGGAGAUGAGACGAGCGCUGGAGAAUCGCAGUAAGGUGGUUUCCAGCCGACUGCAGAUGACAGAGAGUCUAUUACAGCAGACAGCAGAGGAGCAGGGAGCUUCUGAAGCUAUAGGGGACAAACUGGUCAACAAGGCUGUCACAGUCAUGGACAAUAUGGCUGCACUAGUGGACAGGUACAGGGAUCGUCUGCGUACGCUGUUGGAGGAGGAGAGAGGGCAACGCAGAAAAAGCUGGCAGCUUGGAGUGACUGUACUGGAAGAGCAACAGCAGCAGCUGCUGGAGGCCCAGAGAAGGGCCACAGAGGCCCUCAGUGAGACAGACACAUGCCUCUUUAUACACAGGUUCAUGCUGAUUGAACAAAGGCUGAGAGAAGUGGUCACAGGCGCCGUGGCCGCCAAAAUCCCCUCAAAGGCUCCACUCAACACCAAGCGUCUUCAGGAAGGCCUCAAAACCCAAAACUUCAGAUCAGAAAUGAUCCGCCUCCUAGAGUCUCUUCACAUCCUCCUUAACCCCCUAGAGCUCACAUUCAACAUCUGUACUGCCCACCCCAGCUUGUUGGUGUCCAAUGACCUGCACACUGUCAAGUACAGCUCCACCAAGCAGCCAUACGUGGAGCACCCAGAGCGCUUUACGAGUGCACCUCAGGUCCUGUGCAGCCAGGGUUUCUCAGGUGGUGUGCACAUAUGGGUGGUAGAAGUGGGGGCCAACAGCAUGUGGUCCUUGGGUGUGUGCUACAAGAGCAUCCUUCGCCGUGGCGACCAUAGUCGUCUAGGUCACAACUCCGUGUCCUGGAGGUUGCAGUGGAAGAACAGCAAGCUGACAGUGUGCCAGUCCUCCAGUAAUGUGGUCCUGAGGGAAACGACCAGUCAUCCCAUCAAGAUUGAGAUAGCGCUGGACUAUGAAGCGGGGACGUUAAUGUUCCACAGCAUCAAAGAGCACAGGGAGCACCUCCACACCUUCAGGGCUGUGUUUAGGGAGCCGGUUUACCCAGCGUUCAGUAUUCAUUCAAACACACCAGAGUCCUGGAUCACACUGCACAGUGGGAUGUGAGCAACUCCUGCUGUUUGUUAUUUCCUAUGUACAGAACCUAAAACUUCGGUUUGUCUUUGAACUUUUGUAUUUCCAGUGCAUUCAAGUGCAAUGAAGUAGCUUGGAAAUGUAAUGUUGCGUAGCUGUUCAGUGCCACAGGUAACACAAUCUCAACAAUUUUAGGAAAUAAUCCUUCAGAAUAUGUUUUGCAUAAUAGAUCCCGAAGUGUAGAUUUUCUUUAUAGCAUGUCUGCAUUAUGGAACUUGAGCAUUUUAACCAUGUGAGAUGACUUGUUUACAAAAACUUUAUUUGUCCUUUCAGGAUUAGGGUGUUUUUGUGAAGUAUAUCGAUGAAUACAGGUGUACCAUUAUUCAGUAGCCUUGUGGGAUGUUUUGUUUUUUCUUGAGACACCAACAUUUAGUCUGCUUCCAUUUUUGUCUGUUUAUUGAAUGGUACUUGAAUAAAUGUGCUUGCCUUUUAUUUCCCUCAUAUACAGUAAAAACAGUGAUAUGUGUGUGAAUGGUGACAUUUACACUGAACAUGAGGCAUGCUUUAUGUUUGUGCUACAAAUAAGCUUUGAUGGUUAUUGUUUAUUUUUCUGUUGAUAAAUUGUCUGUGUAUCCAUGGCUGUCUGUAUGUAUGAUAGUAUGAUGGUACUUAUAGGUUAUGUGAUUGGCUCUUGACAGUUCAUUCAUUCAUUCAAAAGUGCCUCACUGUGUAAUUGAGGUUGCCAGGUUUGGCUGAAAAUCUGUAAAUAAAGAGUGUUUCAACCAGUUUCCUUUA